AUGGAAGGAAUCAAAAUACUAAAGCUUUCAAUAUUUAUGAUCCAUCUCUUGUUACUUGAUUUUGGUGUUUGUGAAGUGUAUAGAGUUGGUGAUGGAAGUGGAUGGAACUCAGGCACGGGGACUAAUUUCCUCAGUUGGUCUCAAAAAUACAAUUUUACUGUUGGAGAUGUGCUAGUGUUUAAGUACUCGAAAGCGCAACACAACGUGAAAGAAGUAACCGAUGCAACCUACAGAUCGUGCAACGCCAGCAACGGUGUAAUCGCCAUUUACGAGAGUGGCAACGACGAAAUUAGGCUGACCGACGCAAAGAAGUACAAUUUCAUCUGCGACAAAGACAGCCACUGCAUCGGCGGCAUGAGAUUUUCCGCCACUGUUCUAGAAGCUUCUACAAGCAACAACACAACCCCCACGGGGGCGCCAGCGCCCCCGAGUUCUGCUGUCUCGAUAAAUAGCAACGUGGUUCACAAUAUCGGAGUGGCGGCUUUGCCUCUCAUAUUCAUGCUUUAACAGGAAUAUAAAUCUCAACUUUUGUAUUUAAUGUUGUUAACAUAUACUCCAUAAUAAAUCAAAUGAUUUUCCUUCCAACAAAA